GGGAUUAGUUUCCUAAAUUGGCUUCAUAUAGCUAACUGCUAUAUAUGAUUGUUGGUUAAAAUCGAGUCUAUUUGUAUUGUUUAUGGUUGUACAGUGGAAGUGUCCGAACAAGUUGCUGCACUAUUUACUAUUCACAAGUUGAUAUCUUUGCUGACGACAUGACGGUGAGAGGCUUGAUCACCGAUGAUGACGAGGCGGCAUACAGGAGAGAGGUCAACAAUCUAACAAAGUGGUGCCAGGAGAAUAACCUCUCUCUCAAUGUCGACAAAACCAAGGAGCUGAUUGUGGACUACAGGAAGAGAGGGGGGAGGCUGGACCCCAUCACCAUCAACGGGACUGCUGUAGAGAGGGUCAAGCGCUUCAAGUUCCUCGGUGUCCACAUUACUGGGGACCAUACCAGGGAUGAACACACCAGCCAUGUAGUGAAAAAGGCAUAGCAACGCCUCUUUCAUCUCAGGCGACUGAAAAGGUUCAGCAUGGGGCCCAGGAUUCUACGGGCCUUCUACAGAGGCACAACCAAGAGCAUCCUGACUGGAAGCAUCACCGCCUGGCAUGGGAACUGUACUGCCCACAACUGCAAAACACUGCAGAGGGUUGUACGUACGGCCCAGGACAUCAGUGGAUGCGAGCUUCCCUCCAUCCAGGACAUAUACAAUGGAUGCUGUGUCAGCAAAGCCCGUAUGAUUAUCAAAGACCCCAGCCACCCCAACUAUGGACCGUUCGAGCUGCUACCGUCAGAAGCAGCUAGCCACUGACACUAGGGCUGAUUGACAAUGGCAGACCCUGCACGAAUCAAGAAUGAAAGCACACCUGAGAUGACAUCUGCAGACAGUGAGGAACAGAAUAAAUCAGUCGACACUGAAGAUGUGCCUGCAAACAACCAACCCAAAGAAUCUUCUUCUCAACUUCAACCCAGACAAGAGCCUAAAGUGGACUCAGCAGUAGGAGAGGAUGAAGAGGAAGGAAGCUCAAACCAGCCUCCCUCCAAAAGACUGAAAGUAGAACCAGAAAAGAAAAAAGAGAAGCGCCACAAGGUUGACGAAGAUGAAAUUCAAAAGAUGCAGGUUUUGGUGUCAUCGUUUUCUGAAGAGCAGCUAAAUCGCUAUGAAAUGUAUAGACGCUCUGCCUUUCCCAAGGCAGCGAUUAAAAGGCUGAUUCAGUCUAUAACUGGAUCAUCAGUGUCCCAGAAUGUGGUUAUUGCAAUGUCGGGUAUUUCCAAGGUCUUCGCUGGAGAAAUUGUUGAGGAAGCACUGGAUGUUUGUGAGAAGUGGGGAGACACACCUCCUCUUCAGCCCAAACAUAUGAGGGAAGCAGUAAGAAGGUUGAAGAGCCGAGAACAGAUUCCCAACACCAAGUACAAAAACAUUUUCUUCCACUGAGUCGCCUCCAUUUUGGACUGUACAGCAUGUGGGUUGACUGAGGGACAUGCCAAAUACUGGGGAUCCAAACUCUGGAGAGUAUUCAGCCAAGCCACUAUCAGCCAUGCUCAUGUCCUGAAACAUGGCUGUCUAAUAACUCAUGUCUAUUGACAUAACUGUUGACAUGGUGGAAUGAAGGCAGUGGCACAAUAAAUUCCACCCUUAUCUGUAUCUUAAGAGAUACGGUGGCCAUGCUUCUCAUCACGUUUAUCACUAUUUAGAUCAAGACUUGAUAUACAUUUCAAUAUUGGUAAAUGAUUUGUUUGGUAAAGUUUAGGUGGUUUGCUGGGGUUGUGAAUGUUUUAUUGCACAUUACAUUCUGGAAUUGGUUUUGUUCUUUUACUCUUAAUGAAAGCAAAUCUGUGCCACAACAAAAUGAUUUCUAAAAUCUCUAGGAACCCUUUUUUUUCCUCCCAAAAUGUUGUGCCAGCUCAGAGUUCGCACUGUCUGAAAUAUGUGAAUGGCUACAGUGUUCAUAAUAUAAAAGCACAUUUCAGUGUGACGUGCUCAUUUUACGCAUUUUUUAAAUGUUUGAAGACCAAGCUUUUUCCUCAUGUGACUCAGUUCUUGGCCGUUCUUUUUAAUUACACAUUAAAGAAUGCCAUUUCUACUAUGUUGAGACUGAUGAGAGCACAUCGCCUGGACUAUAUUGAGAUGGAAACUCUUCAAUAUUUCAAAUUGGAAGUCAGAAGUGACUUCCUUUUGAAAGACAAACCAAUGCCAGUGAGGAGACAAAAUGGAUGAGUUCAAUAUAAAAACACAUCAGGCCUUUGCUUUGAGCAAGUCUUAAGAUACAAAUUUAAGUAUGUAAAUAUGGGAUAGGUACACUUGUAUCCCUCUUUUGAAU